CAUGAUUUCUUUAAGAUGACCAGACUUGUCUUACUGCCAGCCUUACAGACUCCCAUUUUUGACAUCUCCUUAAUUAAUGUGCUUCAACUAAGGCAUGACUUUUUAUUUCAGACAAAUCUCCCUAUUUUCAAGCUGAAGGAAUCUACUGUUAGAAGAAGAUACAGUGACUUUGAAUGGCUACGAAGUGAAUUGGAAAGAGAGAGCAAGGUUGUAGUUCCCCCGCUCCCUGGGAAGGCAUUUUUGCGUCAGCUUCCUUUUAGAGGAGAUGAUGGAAUAUUUGACGACAAUUUUAUUGAGGAAAGGAAGCAAGGGCUGGAGCAGUUUAUAAACAAGGUCGCUGGUCAUCCUCUGGCACAGAAUGAACGUUGUCUUCACAUGUUUUUACAGGAUGAAAUAAUAGAUAAAAGCUAUACUCCGUCUAAAAUAAGACAUGCUUGAAGUGUGCUAAGAGGCAAAAUGUGACCGUUCAUGUUUCGUGUGCACCGUGACGACGCUCUGACCCCUCGCAUGCUGCUCAGAACCGGUGCAACCUGCCUUCACUAUCGUAACACUCAUUGCUCAGUUUUGUUCGGCAGUUGACAAGCUAAUUUGUUUUAGUGAAAAUCUCUCAUUCCAGCUUUCUCUAUGAAUAGCUCUUCCUUGCUGUUGUAUUGUGGUAUAUACACGAUAGCCUCACAGACCUUCCCAUAUACUCUGCAGUGUCCUAACUAAAGUUUCUGACUUGGUCUUAUUUGCACA